AUGAAUUCUCAUGUUCAACCUAAAAAAGAGGUUUGUGCUAGUACUUGUCAUAAUGAUCAAUCAUGUCCUUCUUUUCUUGAAACAUUUUCCGAAGAGGCUAAUGCAUUACAUUUAUAUGGUAAACCAAAUGAUAGCCUAUUUUCUAACACAUACAAUCCUAAUUGGAGAAACCAUCCUAAUUUUUCAUGGAGACAAAACCAACCAAAAAUGACCCAAGGAAACCAAUUCAACAUGCCAAAUCCGAAUCAUGCCCAACCAAGUCAACCUUACAUUCCACAAAGAAAGCCUUCCUUAGAAGACACUUUACAAAAAUUUAUGCAAUCCACCCAACAAAUCAUGCAAAAUCAAUCUCAAUCCAUUGCCAAACUUGAGACACAAUUGGGUCAACUUGCCAAUGCCGUAACUGAGAGAGAAAAAGGGAGAUUUCCUAGCCAACCCGUCCCAAAUCCUAAAGGCCAAUAUGAAGUAGGAGUCCCAAGUCAUAAAGAAGAAGCUAAGUCUAUUUCCACUCUUAGAUCCGGAAAACAAAUUGCCAAACCCGAUUACACACCUCAAGUUGAAAAAGACCAAAGCCAAAGUUCCAACACAAAUGACUUGUCAAAAGAUAAUGAUCAAAUUCUUCCUUCCAUUCCAAAAGCUCCUUUUCCACAAAGAUUACUUCCACUCAAGAAAGGCAGCCAAUAUAGUGACAUCUUAGAAGUGUUCAAACAAGUAAGUAUCAACAUUCCAUUCUUAGAUGCCAUUAAACAAAUUCUUGCCUACUCCAAAUUCUUGAAAGACCUUUGCACUGUUAAAAGAAACACUAAUGUUCCAAAAAAUGCAUUUUUAACUGAACAAGUUAGUUCCAUAAUUCAAUACAAAAGCCUUGUGAAAUAUAAAGAUCUUGGUUGUCCAACAAUUUCAUGCAUCAUUGGUGAUCAUUUUAUUCACAAAGCUUUACUUGAUUUAGGAGCUAGUGUGAAUUUAUUGCCUUAUUCUGUUUAUAAGCAACUUGGUCUAGGAGAAUUAAAACCAACUUCUAUAACACUUCAAUUAGCUGAUCGUUCAGUGAAAAUUCCUAGAGGUAUUAUAGAAGAUGUUUUAAUUAAAGUGGAUAAGUUCUAUUUUCCUAUUGAUUUCAUUGUUCUUGAUACUCAACCUGUUGAAAAUGCUCAUGCUCAAAUACCCAUCAUUUUAGGUAGACCAUUUUUAGCUACAUCUAAUGCAAUUAUCAACUGUCGUAAUGGUGUAUUGAAAUUAUCUUUUGGAAACAUGACUGUUGAAUUGAAUGUUUUUAAUGUUGCUAAAUCUGUUGAGUGUGAGGAAAUACAUGAAAUGAACAUGAUUAACACGAAAAAUAUGUUUGAAAUGGACAUGAAUGAAUCUUUUGAAACUUAUGCUAAAAUGUUUGGAAUGUGCUUAAAUGUUGAUGAUUUUAUUCAUGAUGUCAAUUCUUUGCUUGAGUCUACCCCACUAAUGGAUACUGAAAAAUGGAAAGCCAAAAUUGAACCAUGUAUUCCAUUAGAGCGUGUUGAGUCAACUCCUGAACCACCAAAGUUAGAUCUCAAACCUUUGCCCGACACUUUGAAAUAUGCAUUUUUAGGAGAGUCUAACACCUAUCCUGUUAUCAUUGCAUCUGGUUUAGAUGAAAAACAAGAAGCAAAGUUGUUAGAUAUCCUUAGAAAACAUAAAAAGGCCAUAGGUUGGACCAUGGGAGACAUUAAGGGAAUUAGCCCAGCUGUGUGCAUGCAUAGAAUUCAUUUAGAAGAAAAUGCUAAGCCCUCCCGAGAAAGUCAAAGAAGAUUAAAUCCAAACAUGAAAGAGGUAGUAAGAGAUGAUGUAAUUAAAAUGUUAGAUGUAGGGAUCAUUUACCCUAUUUCUGACAGUCCAUGGGUUAGUCCAGUUCAAGUUGUUCCAAAAAAGUCUGGGAUCACUUUUGUUAAAAAUGAACAAAAUGAGUUAAUCCCUACUAGAGUCCAAACUGGGUGGAGAGUGUGUAUAGACUAUAGAAAGUUGAAUAGUGUCACUAGGAAAGACCACUUCCCAUUACCCUUCAUUGACCAAAUGCUUGAAAUAUUAGCCGACCAUGCUUAUUAUUGCUUUCCUGAUGGGUAUUCGGGAUAUAACCAAAUCGCCAUUGCCCCCGAAGAUCAAGAAAAGACUACCUUUACUUGCCCUUUUGGAACCUUUGCAUAUCGUCGCAUGCCUUUUGGUCUUUGUAAUGCUCCUGCAACAUUUCAUUGA